GACGCUGUGCGGGGACGGUAGCAGGUACCAGUGGUUGUGUGCGCGUCUUAGCUCAGGAGCGUAUUUCUUAGCUUCUAGUUUUUUUUUUCUUUUGAGUCUUGAGAAAGGCAAGCGUAGUUUCUCCACUUUACUGUUACCAGUCCGAGAACUGCGAGAGACGCUCUUCCUUUUCCAGCGUCCAUUCCCUUACACACGCUUCUUUCUUAUCCCGGUCAGUCUCUCCUCUCCCUUGUUAACGGGCCCCUCCCCGCCUCCAUCCUCGUCCUCUGGGGGAGACCAGCCCUUCCGUGCUGCAGUCCGAGGAAUGGAGCUUGACAGCGCUCAGAAAACCCCGUGGCGGGAAGGCUCUUCCUUGCCUGGAGAGUGUUUUCCCUCCACCUUGGAACAGGCCUUCUCCAAGGUUUUGCACCGUCUUACCAGCCAGGGAGCACGACGGGGCAGCGGACGACAUGUAGCUCUGCAAGACCUCGGGGCUCUGAUAGAAGCCACAGAAUGUGACAGAUUAUUUGCGGGGAGUGGCACACCGCUCCGCGGAAUGCCCGAGACACUGGGGCAGGUGGCAAAAGCCCUGGAGAAGUAUGCCGCGCCACCCAAGGACGAGGAAGGUAGAGCUGAUGGUCACUCCGAAGUGGCCGACAAAGCAGCAGAAGUUGGGUUACUAUUACUUAACCUGUUGGGGAAACUUGAGGCUGCCAAGAAUUCUCCGGUUUGCCCUGCAUGGAAGACGGGCCUGCGUCACUUGACAGGACCCAUCUAUAUUUUUGCCAUCACUCACAGCCUGGAGCAACCAUGGGCUAGCCCGAGAUCUCAGGAUGUUGCUGGAAAGGUGCUCACCUUACUGCUUCAAGUUACUGAAUGUGGUUCUGUGGCAGGAUUUCUACGUGGAGAAAAUGAAGACGAGAAAGGGAGAUUUACUGUGAUAAUGGGGCUUCUCAAACCCCAUCUGAAUAAGGAAUCCUGGAAGAAUAACCCUGCCAUCAAACAUGUCUUUUCGUGGACUCUGCAACAGGUCACUCGACCCUGGCUGAAUCAACAUCUGGAAAGAAUACUUCCCCCGUCGUUGCUCAUCUCAGAUGAUUAUCAAAUUGAGAACAAAAUCCUGGGAGUACGCUGCCUCCAUCACAUUGUGCUUAAUGUGCCAGCUGCUGAUCUGCUCCAGUAUAACAGAGCCCAGGUCGUAUACCAUGCCAUUUUCAACCACUUGUACGCACCAGAGCAUGACCUCGUUCAGGCUGUGCUGCUGUGUCUGCUGGAUUUAUUCCCUGUCUUGGAGAAAGCCCUGCACUGGAAGGGGGAUGCAGCUCGACCCACCACACACUGUGAUGAGGUACUGCAGCUGAUCCUGACCCACAUGGAGCCAGAGCACCGGCUUCUCUUACGCAGGACCUAUGCGAGAAACCUACCAGCUUUUGUGAAGAGAUUGGGGAUCCUAACUGUCCGGCACUGGAAGAGGCUGGAACGAGUCAUCCUUGGCUAUCUGGAGGUUUAUGAUGGACCAGAGGAGGAGGCUAGAUUGAAGAUAUUGGAAACCUUAAAACUUCUCAUGCAGCAUACUUGGCCCAGAGUUUCCUGCAGACUUGUGGUCUUACUGAAGGCUCUCUUGAAACUGAUAUGUGAUGUAGCAAGGGAUCCGAACCUUACACCUGAGCCUGUUAAGAGUGCCCUGCUACAGGAGGCCACAGACUGCCUGAUUGUCCUGGACCACUGUUCUCAAGGACAGGUGAAGAGUCUCCUGGCCAAAAUCCUCCAAAGCUGUGAAGACAGUAAGGUGGUGAACUGUAUGAGAAAAGUGCAGCAGGUUUCUGAAGGCGCUCCCUACGAUGCAAUUUAAGAUUUGUAUUACUGUCCCAAGAGGAAAGGAUUUUCUUUCUGUC